AUGAUUGGACACAUUUAUGGUCUAGGUACUUUAAAUAAUCCAAUUGAUCUAAUCAAUAAAAAAGCAUACACAGAAAAUGGAAUUUUUAUUGAAUGUACAACAUCUUGUGCAACAUCAGUUAAAGGUAUUUAUUGGAAGGCGAAGAAUUCAACAUGGACUCAUAGUUUACAUGUGCAAUCAGGCAUUAACAAUGAUGAUGAUGAAGAUUAUGUCGAUGACAGUUUAUACAAUCGAAUUCACAGAUUAUCCUAUAAAUCAGAAUAUACUAAUCCUAUUUGUGAGGUUGGUUUAAAAUCAGUUAAAAGUCGCAUACAAAUUAAAUGUGCAUCUGGGCAAAGUCAAACACCAUCUAAACUUUUAUCACAUACAUUAGUUGGAUUAAAUAAAAUCACUUGUUUUCCAUAUUAUGAUAAAGAAAUGGAAAAUAAAUUGUCUAAAUUAACACGUUACAAUGAAGAACAUAAAGGAGUUAGUUCACAAUUUAUAGUACAUAAUAAAAAUAAUCCACCUGAUAUAACUCAGUCUGAUUGUUUCAUUGAUGAUGGUAAUGGUCAUUCACAUGCAGCUGCUUGUAUUUAUGUUUUGUGUCCUGGUCAACCAGUGGCUUGGUUUACAUUCGGAGAAAAAGUCGCCCUUGGUUCAUCUGCUGCUUUAUUUCUUGUCUUAAGCAUAUUAUUUUGUUAUAUAACACGUCAACGUCGUCGGGCUAAACGAAAAGCAGAUAUGUCACCUGGACAACAACACGAAAUUGAACUGAUGUUGUGA